GCGCUACCAGUUAGUAAUUCGCUAGCUAUCAUCGUUAUAACAUUGGUCGAUAUUGGCGUAGGAAACGCUAACACCGCCGACAUUCAUUUCUCACAACCGCGUAUAUCGGCUACCUGUACUUAUCACGGCGGGCUUGUUUGACUUUAGUACAUUACUUUCCACGAUCUCAAAUAUUUCCUACCAUUUCCUUUUCUUAUCUUGGUUACAUUUGAUUUUGGCGCAUUCGAUGAAGCCAUUUUUUAUAAUUCCCAACAAAAUUUAAUAACUUAACAUUUCCUGCCAUCCGACGAUAAUCUAAAGUAAAAAGUUUUGAAAAAGUGUGGCGCCAUUUGUGAAAAAGUGUGCAGUGCCGGAAUCUGUGCGGGAAGGAGAUAAAUGCUUAACAUGGAAAUUGAAGUGGGGAAUGCCUCAUCGAGGCCAGAAUCAUACAGUGAAAAUGCGAAAAACUUCUUGACGUACCACUGGAAGGGUUUGGUAGUUUUUUUAACGCCACUGCUGACUCUUCCCGUCAUGUUGACAGAUAACUCACCUGCAUAUCGCUGCAUGUAUUUGCUCUUGGUUAUGGCAAUAUAUUGGGUUACUGAAGCACUACCACUUUACGUCACCUCGAUGAUUCCGAUCGUGGCAUUUCCUGUUAUGGGAAUAAUGAGUUCCAAUGAGACGUGUCUGUUGUAUUUUAAGGAUACAUUGGUGAUGUUCAUGGGUGGCAUAAUGGUUGCUCUCGCUGUGGAGUACUCCAAUUUAAAUAAACGAUUGGCAUUGCGCGUCAUUCAGAUGGUUGGCUGCAGUCCCCGAAGAUUACAUUUCGGUUUAAUCAUGGUAACGACGUUUAUAUCUAUGUGGAUUUCGAAUGCCGCCUGUACGGCAAUGAUGUGCCCAAUUAUACAGGCUGUUUUGGAAGAACUUCAAGCGCAAGGACUUUGCAAAAUUAACCAGGAGCCUACAUAUAAAAUUGUCGGAAAGAAGGACAACGCCGAAGAUGAAGAACCGCCAUAUCCAUCGAAGAUGACACUGUGCUAUUUUUUGGGCAUCGCUUACGCUUCGUCCAUGGGUGGCUGUGGUACAAUUAUAGGCACAGCGACUAAUUUGACUUUCAAAGGCAUCUAUGAAGAAACUUUCCCUAAUUCGAAGGAAAAAAUGGAUUUUGCGACAUUUAUGUUUUAUUCAGUGCCUUCAAUGUUGGUUUACACGGGCCUAACAUACGUUUGGUUGCAAUGGCAUUUCAUGGGUUUGUUCCGACCAAAGAGCAAAGAGGCUGAGGAAGUUAGAUUGGGCGAGAGCAGUGCUGGUGUUGCUAAAAAGGUCAUUGACCAACGCUACAAGGAGUUGGGACCAAUGAAAGCGCAUGAAAUACAAGUUAUGGUCCUCUUUAUCUUUAUGGUUAUAAUGUACUUUACUCGGCAACCUCGAAUUUUCCCUGGCUGGGGUGAUUGGCUCAGCACAAAAAAAGUUCUCAAUUCUAUGCCCACUAUAUUUGUGGUUAUCAUGUGUUUCGUUCUGCCAGCAAACUAUGCAUUCUUGCGCUACUGUCUCUGCAAACGUCCUGCGACUACUGGUACAACACCAUCCCUGGUAACUUGGAAAUUCAUUCAAACUAAAGUGCCAUGGGGUCUCAUUUUCUUGCUUGGUGGAGGAUUCGCACUCGCUAAAGGCAGUCAAGAAAGCGGUAUGUCAUCAUUGAUUGGCAAUUCUUUGGUUGUGUUGAAGGAUUUGCCACACCCUCUUUUGUUACUGAUGGUGAUCCUUGUCGCUGUAUUCUUAACGGCGUUCAGCUCCAACGUAGCUAUCGCAAACAUCAUUAUUCCGGUGUUGGCUGAAAUGUCAAAAGUUAUUCGAGUUCAUCCUCUAUACUUAAUUUUGCCAGCUGGACUUGCCUGCAGUUUGGCAUUCCAUCUGCCAGUGAGUACGCCACCCAAUGCUUUGGUGGCUGGUUAUGCUAAUAUUAGAUCAAAAGAUAUGGCCGUUGCUGGUAUUGGACCCACUAUCAUCAGUAUAAUCGUCUUGUACAUUUUCAGUCUUACAUGGGGUACAGUCGUAUAUCCAAACAUGACCACAUUUCCAGAUUGGGUAAAUCCAAACGUAAACAUUACCACGAAUGCAACUGUUUUCAAUGCUACAACUCUGGCACCCGAAUCGAAUAUACUUCUUCAAGUUCUGAAUGCAACGACCCAGUAAAACUUUUCACUGUCGAUUAGGUAACGGCGUACAGGAUUUAAGAUGUGAUUUGUAUAAUGAAAACAAAAAUACUAAAUAUGCCGAAUGUUAAAACCAUUAAGUAACUGAUAUGGAACCACGUUUUGAGUUAUACUCGUGUGUAGAAAUAAAAUUGCCUGCAUGUUGUGCAUAUAAAUACGUACUGUAUAAAAGCAUCGUAUAAAUCAAUAGAUGUAAGCACACAUACAUACAUAAGUACUAUAUGAUAUACCAUAUGUACAUAGAAAUGUUCGAGCACGUUGCCUAUAAAAUCAACAACUUUGUUUUUGAAAUUAUGAACACUCAAUUUAACAUUAACAUAUCUAAAAAUAUCACACAAACAUAUAUGUUUGUACAUAUGUACUUAUAUGUAAAUACAUAUCCAUAUAUUUUUAUAUUCAAAUUCAAAGAAACUGAAAUAUGUUGAGAGUACCUUAGAACAUGACAUUUCCUUACAGGUUUUCCAUUUAGAAAGCAUUUACUUUAGUAUUUAAAAAUGUUAUGGCAAACAUACAUAUACAUACAUACAUAUGUACGUACACAUGCCAAAUUGAGUUGGUCAUUUACACUUCUGUCUGAAUCUGCCUUAACUGGAGGAGGUGAAAGAACGACAAAGUUUCAAAUUUUGAAAACGGCAUAUCAAUCAAUGUUACUCACGCGUUUACACUGCAUUUAUAUAAGUACAUAGUGGAAUGGAGUGAAGGUACGAGUAAUUUUACUAGCGAAUAAUCAAAUGUAAAGUUAUGUAAAAGAAAUUAGUUUAGAAAAAUCAGAUUAUAAAUUUUAAAAGAACAAUGUUGUAGAAAUCGACACUCUCGGAAUUGAUACUGCAAAACAAAUGUAGUGCCACUAGUUAGUCUUAAUCACUCGCAAUAUAUAUUUGUAUUGUAUAUGUUUGUAUGUAUGUAGAAAAUUUAGCAUAACCUCAAUUUGGAAUUGAAGGAAAAAGCAAAACAAACAGACAAUUUAAUGAUUACCUAACACCUGAACCAUUAAACAAAAGUGUAAAUUUGUAAGCUAUUGUAAUGACUAUUUAUUGAUUAAAAAAAUGGAACAACAAAUAAAUGCACAAAACUUAUUAUAA